AGGGGAAGACGUACAGAGGACGGAGUCGCUGUCCUCCCGAUCCCAUAAAUCACAACUCUUGCUGCCGCCGCCGGCGAUUUCAUCGAAGCCGCCGCCGCCGUCGUCCAAGCCGAUCGAUCUCACGCGCCGCGGAUCGCCUCUCUUAGUCAGUCGCAGGGAUUCGCGGAGCCGCCGCCGCCGCCGCUGCCGCUGCCUCGGAGCUCCGCCGCCGUCCCCAUCCCCGUGUGGCGGCGACACCAGCAUCGAGCGCCGUCGCCAUAGGCUUCCCGACCGUCGUCGCCGCCGCCGGCCCCGUGCGCCGUCGCCCCCGACCGUCGUCGGCACAGCCUCCCCCGUGCGCAUCUGCCGAUUUAUGGUCACUAGCUAUACAGUAUGAGUUCGCUGGAGAGUGUAAGAGGGGAUCUUGGUCUGCUUAUUUUGUAUCUAAACAAGGCUGAAGCAAGAGAUAAGAUUUGUAGAGCUAUACAAUAUGGCUCAAAAUUUGUGAGUAACGGAGAACCAGGACCUGCACAGAAUGUUGACAAGUCAACUAGUCUAGCUCGGAAAGUUUUCCGACUUUUCAAGUUUGUUAAUGAUCUGCACGCUUUGAUUAGUCCUCCUGCCAAAGGAACUCCACUUCCACUGAUCUUACUUGGAAAGUCGAAGAAUGCCCUGCUAUCAACCUUCCUCUUUCUAGACCAAAUUGUAUGGGCUGGAAGGACAGGAAUAUAUAAGAAUAAGGAGCGAGCAGAAUUCCUCAGCAAGAUAGCAUUUUAUUGCUUUCUGGGCUCCAACACAUGUACUAGUAUUAUCGAGUUAGCUGAGCUUCAGCGGUUGUCCAAGUCAAUGAAGAAAUUAGAGAAGGAGCUUAAACACCAAGAGCUACAUAAGAAUGAGCAGUAUCAGAUGAAACUGCAGAAGUGCAACGAGAGGCGUCUCGCUCUCAUCAAAUCGAGCCUCGACAUAGUUGUUGCUAUUGGGUUGCUUCAAUUGGCUCCAAAGAAGGUGACUCCUAGGGUCACAGGGGCGUUUGGAUUUGCUAGCUCGCUUAUUGCUUGUUAUCAGUUGCUUCCUGCCCCAGCCAAAUCCAAGUGAUCAAACCUGAAGGAGGCAGCUGCUCGUCAAUUGGCAGUUCCAAUGUUGCAAGCAAUAAGAAAUAAAUCUGAAGCUGCUUCAUUGACUCAUGUGGACUUGAUAUUCCUUUCUGGGGUAUAUGCAUGGCUAAUAUGAUCUAGUGGGCUGCUGCAGCUGUAAUUUUAGGCGCAGUGCUUCUGUGCUUGUGACCAAAAUAAGAAACUUGGCAUGGUAAAUCUUGCAUUAGUGUUGGGAUUAGUUAAUAAGAAUUGUUAUUAUACAUCUCUUUUAUGUUUUGUACCUUGAGCAAGAGGCUCGAGUAUUCGGCGGGCCGUAGGUCGGCUCGCUACUCUUUGCGUGGGCCGGCGUAGCUACCUAGUAGGCCUCCAGUCCUGUUGAGUUUCUCCGUUAGAGGCGAGUGGCACUUACCGAGGAUUUUUUUUUGAGAAA